AUCUUUUACUGCAGACAGUGAUAACAUAAAAUAAGUUUGAAAUUUUCUCAAAAGGUGUAAUCGAAUUCGUUCGAGAAAUGUGAUACGGAAUAUCGUACGAUAUAUAUUACACCUAGAUACAUACAUCUAUACUCUAAUAUUAUAGUAGUGAAGUGUAUUUCAUUCCGGUAACUGCAACUUUAUGGCUUCCAAAAUAUGUUCGCGAGUAAAGUAGUUUAUCGGUAAAUAAUCCAAAAAUGGCAGAUCCUACAAUUCAAACGUUUUGUUGUUAUCAUGGUAACGGAACUGAUAUGGCUGUUAUGAUUAUGGAAGAAUUCAACACGGAAAUUUACAACAGUAUUUGUUUAUUUUCAUCAGCUUUAGGAAUAAUUGGAGCUUUUUAUCAGAUUUUACCUAGAGAAGAAUUUACACAAAACCACAGAUGGCUAUCUUUUUCUGCUAAAAGAGGACGCAAUAUCAUUGUCUGGUUAGCUGUGGCCGAUCUUUUAGCAUCUGUAGGUGUAAUGACUCGAUCGACGGUAUGGAUUAGUUUAAGAAACAUAAUGCCUUCAUCUAAGGAUGGCGAAAGUGUCAUAUUUUGUGCUCUGUCUUCGGCUUUCACUCAAUAUUUCUACACUGCAACUUGGGUUUGGACCUUGUGUUAUGCUAUAGAUAUGAGACUUAUUUUAACACAGAAGGAAAGUCCCUUAAAACUAUUCCAUUUGGCAUCUUGGAUCAUACCCGCUUUCUUGACAGCAAUAGGUUUAAUGUUGUUGUAUACACCAGAUGCAAAUUGUCACGGUAGAUUAAGUUUUGGAGACACGCUACUUCGAGUACUUCCCAAUUAUAUUGCCACGUAUGUCCCAAUCGCUACGGUAAUGAUGGCAAAUCCUUGCCUAUACGUAUCAUCUACUAAGGACAUGGAAAGAAUAAUAACUAGCGCAUCGGGACAAUUCACAUUGAAAGAAAGAGAUAUGAUAAAAUCAAUAAAAAUCAAAUUUUUCGUGAUAAAUAUAGUAUUUUACAUUUGUUGGAUACCUAACAUAAUAAAUGGUAUUUUACUGUGGGCUUUAUGGUUCCACCUUCCUGUUAAAGUUGUUAUAUCUUUUUGGUAUCUUAUGGCUUUUGUAAAUCCCCUUCAAGCCGUAUUUAAUUGCAUUGUGUACAGAAGAUGGAGCAGCGGUACUGAAAGAGUAAUAUUACCUUGGCGUCAUUUAGAAGCACGCGCGGAUGAUGUCAAAAGUAGCUCCAGUUCGAAAUCGUCUUCUUAUAGAGAAGAAUUGUAUCCAUUAUUAUAUAAUACGCCUACAAAUAGUGUUAAUUUAUAUAAAAGCGUAUAAAAUGUUGGUAAAUUGGUAAAUAGAUGGUAAAAUUCAUUCAGUGUUUAAAGUCAAUAUUAUCGACUGAUAUAUUUGAAAUAUAGCGUAUUUAUUAAAGUUUAAAUUUUUAUAUAAAAGUAAUAUAGUUUCGAUGUAUCAAUUUAAAAUUCAUUAAAUGUGUUAAGAAGCUAAA